AUGGUGAAUGAUCUGGAGAGAGGCCAUGUGGACGCCAUCAGGAGCCUGUGGAUGGACAGUGGAGUGCAGGAGUGCUACGACCGCCGCAGGGAGUACCAGCUAUCUGACUCCGCCAAAUAGUGAGUAGACUUAAGUCAUAGGGCCAGGAGUUUUUCUUGAACUGGUCAUGAUCAGGAUAAACCACAGGUCAGGUAACUAGGCCUUAGACAAAGACGACAUAUCUAUUGACAAAAAGUAAUGACACUAUAACGUAAGACUGCAAAGCCAUAAAAUGUUAUUUUGCUAAUGCAAAGUCCCUGAGCCAAGCAGUUGCUUCCAGUCCUGCUGGGUUGAGGGUUAGGCCUCCACUGAGCCUCCACUGAGUUUGUGGAUUGGACAGACUUCAAGAAUAUAGUGCAUGGUUUGCUCCACCCCACAGGCACAUAGGGGGCUUGCUUUUAUGCCCCAUUUGUGGAAGUUGGCGAGGCACGGGCCGUGGCCAGUCUUUAACCUAUUGAAGGUGGACCACUAGUGAUGAGGUGCUUAUUUGUCAGGUCCAGUGACUCCCAUUCUUGUGUCCAGGUGAGAUUUGUGUUGAAUUCAUCAGUGGGUGGGUCUUUACAAAUUGGCACGUCAGGUGUGGGGCAUUGCAGACUAUUUAAAUAGUCUCCAGAUGUGUGUGUCUCCAGAUGUGUGUGUGUGUGUGUGGGGGGGGGGGGGGGGGGGGGUGAUGUUUGCCAGGACAGGGAGCCAGGGAAGCGGGUGGAUCGUAGUGUGCCAGUAAUGAUACGCAUAGUGGCGUUUAGCUGUGUCGACUGUGUGUGUGUGUGUGUGUGUGACAACCUUGACCAGACAGGUGCACAGUAUGCCCUAGAAGAGAUCAAUAUUCACACUGGAAUGUGAAUAUGCUGCCAACAUGGCCUGUUUAAUUACAUGGACAAUAUUUGAACUAACUGGGUUUUCAUCAGCAUAUACCAAUGUAAAGUGUUUCUGUUGUUAUUUUCUCUGGGUGAGCACACAUUAUUCCCUUCAACUUUUUCUUCAUGGGUUUUCAGUUAUCUGAGUGACCUGGACAGGAUCGCAGAGCCCUCCUACCUGCCCACCCAGCAGGACAUCCUGAGGGUCCGAGUACCCACAACGGGCAUCAUCGAGUACCCCUUCGACAUGGAAAACGUCAUCUUCAGGUGAGGGACACUUUGGUUCUGCCAAUGAUGUACCUUCUCCAAUCUCCACUGAGCGCAAGUCCUAUGUAAGAGAAACACUAUAGACCCAUUUCCUGUCCGCGUCAUGAAAAGUUUGGUGCGCGGUUCCAAAUCAGAAAGGGGUUUGUUUACAUGAGUGGAUACAGAAUCCUCCGACUUCAAAUGCAGCUUGUGCAAGGAAGAUUGAUAACCUAGCAAGUUAGCAAGCCAGCUAGGCAAGGUAAAAAUAUCACAAAUAGAGCUAGAUGAAGCCAGAAGAAUAAUGUAAUUGUUGAACAUAGCUAUAGCAAUCAGUCUUGUGCAGUUUCAUGGUCAUCACUCAUUCACUGUUAAGUUUAGCAAGAUCCCGACAUCAGUGUUAGCUAUCCUGCUACAGAGCUUUUUGUUGUGAGGAUGCGCGCGGAUCACUCGAACGAGACGUUUGCUUGUAAACCAAAAAUGUCUAUUGGUAUGCAAUAAGCAGCGCACCUAACAUUGGCUUGUUGUGAUAGGAUGGUGGACGUGGGGGGUCAGAGGUCAGAGAGGAGGAAGUGGAUCCACUGCUUUGAGAACGUCACAUCCAUCAUCUUCUUGGUGGCGCUUAGUGAGUACGACCAGGUGCUGGCUGAGUGUGACAACGAGGUGAGCUCCCGUCAGUCAGAGCAGUCACUGGACCUUUUACUGAUACACUUGCAGGCCGCAUUUGUUGAGCUAACAUGCUGUUGUGUAAAAUUGAUGAGUAAAAUAAGCUAUUAAGUCAAAUGUAUCACACAUUAAAAUGUAUAAGUUAGAUGUAUCUCACAAAUUAGAUGAGAAUGGGCUAUCAUAUCCACUUACUGUACGUGCGUCAACUUCCCCUAGAACCGGAUGGAAGAGAGCAAAGCCCUCUUCAAGACCAUCAUCACAUACCCCUGGUUCCAGCGAUCUUCUGUCAUCCUUUUCCUCAACAAAACUGACAUCCUAGAGGAGAAGAUCACACACUCCCACCUUGUCAACUACUUCCCAGAAUACAUCGGUAAACUCUAGUAGUGUUUGUGUUGCAUUCAAUAUGUGAGUGUAGGAGGUUGUGUGUGUGUGUGUGUGUGUGACCGCUAUUCUUGUGUUUAGUAAGUGAACACAUUACUUUACAUACACGCACUCACACGUGACCAACCUGGUAUCAAGCCCAUGCUGCCAUACGACUCAAGAACACAUUAGCCCACUGAGCUAAAGCCUAGGCAUUCAUUCUUGAAGCUCACACAUUUUCAGGUCUCAGGCAAGGUUACUCAUCACGAGUGUAGUUCCCAUAACAACCUCCGCUAGGCACACACGCCAUAACUAAAGCUCUUGUUUCCAGGGCCACAGAAUGACCCUAAAGCAGCCAGGGAGUUCAUCCUGAAGAUGUACCAGGAGCAGAACCCAGACAGAGAGAAGACUGUCUACUCCCACUUCACCUGUGCCACCGACACAGAGAACAUCCGCUUCGUCUUUGUUGCUGUUAAAGACACCAUCCUCAGACACAACCUGAAGGAGUUCAACCUGGUUUAG